AUGACGAAAAUAACAGAUGCAGCAACGAGACAGGCAGUUCAAAGUGCCUAUGACGCCGUUAGAGCAACUGUUGUGAAAAGUCAAGAAAAAGAGUUACAACAGACCAAAACAGACCUAGUAAAUGCUUUCUUAAGAACGAAAAGUCAGGUAGGACAUUACGCUGCAGAUGGAACAUAUGUGCCAGCUGGUGGAAUUUAUAUACCACCAAACCCUCCAAGAGAAGCACCUGCACCAGGACUACCUAAAACAUUUACAUCGUCACAUGGACACAGACACAGGCAUGCACCAAAACCAACACAACAACCAACAGUUCAAAAACCAGCACAGCAACCAACAGUUCAAAAUCCAGCACAGCAACCAACAGUUCAAAACCCUGCACAACAACAACCACAAACAGAGCAAGGACAUAAAAGAAGUAGAGAACAAGGAAACCAAGAAUUCUUAAAAAUGCUUAAAGAAGAGUGUGGUUUCCCAGAUACUGUUGACUUUAGUGACAGAUAUAAAGAAGCUAUUAGAAAGUUCAAGGAUGGAAAUACUGACCCGAACCUAUUUAGCUUUAUGGCUCAGCACCAAAACGGAUAUAAUCUCAAACCUGGAAAAUACAAGCUCGCUAAGGGAUAUGAUUUAAUAGCAUAUCAUCCAAAUGACAUGGAUGAAUUUACUCCGAGAUAUUUGAUGUCAGAGCUAAAUGACAAUUCAACUUUCGUCAUGAAACGCGUAAAAAAUAGAGACGGAACGAAAGAACAAAAGCUUAUGAAUGCGGAUGACGUAGAUAGGGAAAUUGUUGAAAACGGUCUCGGAAUAUAUGAAAUGCCAGCAGAUGAGGUACAAGAAACUCCACAGGAAGAAGUUCAGAUACAACCAGACAUGGAAGAAAUAGUUCAGCAACAACAGCUAGAAGAGCCUGAAGGAAACGAACAAGUCACUCCUUUGGAAACUAACUUCACAGAACUAGAUGAAGAUUUGGAACAGCCGAAAAAUCUUGACCCUCAACAAGAGUAUGCGGAGAAUAUGGAAUAUUUCCAAGAGUCUAAAAAAAAUUCGGCUGACAUAGUAGAAGAAUAUCGAAAAAUGUUUGCCGACAUACAAAAGACUCCAGCACCAGAUGAAAAUAUUCAGCAUAGAAUGGAAG